AUGGCAGUUGAUGUUUCUGAACCUUUUAUAAGUCCAAGAAUCUCUUUCUCCUAUGAUCUCAACAACCAAUCAUCCGACACCAUCACCGCCUCCACCACCACCACCACAGCAGCUACCGCCGUCACCAACACCUUCGAAUUUUGCAUCACCUUGAACCUUCUGCAACAAAUCACCUCCGCAGACGAGCUAUUCUACGACGGAGUACUCCUCCCUACACAAAUCAAAAAACCCGAAAACCUUCUUCCCAAACCCAAAACACCACUACCAGAAAAUAUAACCAUGCACGUACAUAGAAAACGUCUGAAAGAGCUUCUAUCUGACAACGACGACGAACAACACAAACAAGAGAAAUCUUCAUCGACGUCGUUUUGGAAGUUUGCACGAAGCACAAGUUUGAAUUCUGAGAAUGGUAGAGGCCCAAAAAGGUUAUUCCGUUCUUUAUCGUUAAAACGACUGUUACAGAGUAAUUCAACUGAUUCUGCAUUGAAUCCGAAGGAAAACGAUGCUCCGGUGGGUAUAGGGAAGUUGAAUUCAGGCAAAGAGCCGGCAAUGGUACGGAUACAUCAUAGUUGUACGGGAGAUAAUUCUUGUCGGAGGUCGGCAACGAAGAAGAACUCCGGUGAUGUGAAUAAAGUCAACCCUAUAUUGAACAUUCCACCGGCUUAUAAUAUGAACUUGUUCGGGUCGGGUUCAUUGUUCUGGCAAUUUUUGUUGACGUGACACAUCAUAUGAUAGUCUCAAAAAGAAAUGGAAACAAUGGUCUAAAGAAGACACGAACUUGAGACAUUUGGGAGUAUGCAUACGUCUUAGUGAAACAAACAAUGUUUUUGAAAUUAAUACUACUGUAAUUACAAAAAUAUAUUUAAUUUACGCUACUUUAAUUAUAUUUUUAUAACUAAUAUGAAAAACAUUCUCCC